AUGGACGAGUUCGCCAGCCCGUCCAACCCAGACCUACACAACUUAUACUACGGUCAGAGAGUGCAAGGCUUACGUGAAGUCAAGCACUAUCCCAACAAGUACGGAUACUUAAACUACGAAGAUUCAAACAACUUUGAAGAGGAUGAGUUUGAUGAAGCCUUGGAGGUCGCCAUCAAAACAUACCAGACAUUUUUUCAUUUGAAGGUUACAGGAAAGCUUGACACCGAUACCAUCAAAAAGAUGUCAAUGCCGCGUUGUGGAGUUGCUGAUAUUAUCAAUGAUUAUGUUGGACAGGCUGACCUUAUUUUAGGAUUUUACAGAGGUGAACAUGGUGACGGUAGUGCUUUCGAUGGGCCUGGUGGCGCUUUAGCUCAUGCGUUUCCUCCAACAACUGGCAGGUUGCAUUUUGAUGCAGAUGAGAUUUGGUCCGACAGUUCUUAUCGCGUUCGUUCAAAUCAAGUUGACCUGGUGGGCAUUGCAAUGCAUGAGAUAGGGCACCUUCUUGGACUUGAUCAUAGUCGUGAUGAACUAGCCAUUAUGUUUCCCGGUAUUACUAAAGGACAAUUUAAGAGGAGUUUGAGCUUUGAUGAUAGGGACGGUUUACUUACUUUAUAUGCUGAUAACAAUAUCCUCCAGUUAGGAGGUAGAGUCAACUAUUAUAAUUUGUUUCUAUGCUGA